AUGGGACAACAGAAUUUGAUCUACAGCUUCGUCGCUCGUGGCACGGUGAUUCUCGCCGAGUACACUGAGUUCAAAGGGAAUUUCACUUCCGUCGCUGCACAGUGCCUCCAGAAGCUUCCUUCUUCGAACAACAAGUUCACCUACAAUUGCGACGGCCACACCUUCAAUUACCUCGUCGAAAAUGGCUUCACCUAUUGUGUUGUUGCUGUUGAAUCCGUUGGGAGGCAGAUUCCAAUGGCCUUCUUGGAGCGAGUUAAGGAAGAUUUCAACAAGAGAUAUGGUGGUGGAAAGGCUACCACUGCUCAACCCAACAGCUUGAACAAAGAGUUUGGGUCUAAACUGAAGGAGCAUAUGCAGUACUGUGUGGAUCAUCCUGAAGAGAUUAGCAAACUUGCCAAGGUUAAGGCUCAGGUGACUGAGGUGAAAGGUGUUAUGAUGGAGAACAUUGAGAAGGUCCUUGACCGUGGUGAGAAAAUUGAGCUACUAGUGGACAAAACUGAGAACCUUCGUUCGCAGGCACAAGAUUUCAGAACGCAAGGAACGAAGAUAAGAAGAAAGAUGUGGUUUGAGAACAUGAAGAUUAAGCUUAUAGUCCUCGGCAUCAUCAUUGCCUUGAUUCUCAUCAUCAUCCUCUCGGUUUGUCAUGGCUUCAAGUGUACCUAA